CAUCUGUUCAAGGAGAACGGCCGGAGCUUGUCCAAAGUCAACUGGCGCUACUCGCAGGCCCACAACGCCAUCCUGGGUCCGUCGGGCGAACUCCUGACCGAGCACGACCUGGCCUACCUGGAGCAGCAGAUCGCCAGCCUCACUCUGCGCCGCACCGCCGGCGAGGGCUACGAGCCGGAGCUGGCGCGGCUGGCCGAGGAGCUGCGCCACAUCCUGCCGGCGGCCAUCGUCAACAUCAGCGCCCACGCCCGCUUCGCCGACCCGGCCGGACGCCCGCCGCUGCUGCCCGGCUGGUGCGGCCGCAUCUCGGGCAUCAUCAUGAGCAUGUCUCUGCUCAUGAGCGACUUGGCCGAACAGCCGCACUGCAAGAUGCCCGACAGCCAGCUGGCCAGCGUCUUCUCGCAAGCGCCCGACCGACAGACCUCCACCAGGGGCCGGCGCCAGAGGAUCGAGGACGAGAUCCAGCGCUUCGGCGUGUCGGUGAGGACGCUCAAGUCCAAUUUCGAGAUGCAGAACAAGAACGAGAAUGCGGAAGAAGCCUCGACUCCAGCUGAGGAGAAGGCCCCGGAAGUGGUGGAGAGCACCAGUCUCAGGAAAGAGCGCAUCGUGGUGCUCUUCCUGGGACACUGGAAGAAGUCAGCCUACGCCGUGACGCUCAAGAACAAAGACGCCGCCGAGAGGAAGAAGAGUUGCGACGCUGAUGGCGGAGGCGGCGAGGAGAGCGACCGGGACAAGAUGAUGAACAGCUCCUUGGGCCACUUUUUCAAACAGAGGAGCGCUGUCAACAAGAUGUUGGGCAACUGGAGGAGGAUGAUCUCCAGCGUGCCGUCGCGACAGAUACGACGGUAGGCUCGGAAAUAUUUGUUCACUAACCGGAUGACUUCCAACUUCUGAACCAGAGUUUGUCUAUUUGGGUGGCGAACUGGCGGUAGGCACCUCUGAGGUCCAUCCUUGGAGCAUCCUCAAACUGUAGUUGACAUCAUGUGGUGUUCAUCAAAAUUAAAUGCAGCAUUUAGACUCAGCCCA